AUGCUCUGGAUCCUGCUGUGCGUGUGCGGGGCGGCCGCGGGCCCGGGCGAGGGCGGGGGCCGUCGGCAGGCCCCGUCGCCGUGGGAGCCCGCACCCUCCCCCGCCUCGCCGCCCCCCUACCCCUGGGCCAUCGUCUGGGGGCCCACCGAGAGCGGGAGCGCCGAGGGGCGCCCGGGCGAGAGGAGGAGGAGGAGGAGGAGGACGACGGGCCGUUCCUCUUCGAGUCAUUGCCCCGAGGUGGACACGGACCCACAAAUCUACGUCACCCUGAUCAUCUCCUGUAUCAUCGUUCUGAGCGCUGUGGGAAUUCUCCUCAAGUUUGUCUGGGACCGACACAAGCAGAGGGUGCGAUGCCGCGGAAUGGCGACCGGUGAGAGUCGACAGGGCCUGGUGCGGCGCUGGAUGGGACCGGGGGACGUCGCAGAUGGAGGCAGAGGAAUUCGAGGAGGAGGAGGAGGUGGCGGAGUGGGAUUCGCUGAGAUCGGGGGUCUCUGGGGGCCCCUGGGUACCGAGUCUCUCUCCGCGCCCGGAGAGGGGACGCGGGUCAGCGGGACGGUCUACGUGUCUAACAGAAUCCCGCUGGUGAAUAUGUGACUUCCGGACUGUGACUUCGCCAUUUGUGUUUGUGUCAGAGAGAGAGAGAUUGUGUGCAUUCGUGUGACAGUGUGUCUGAGAGACAGAGAGAGGCUGGCGUGUGUCCGUGUG